GGGCGGGGGGCAGUGGCGGGAGCCCCCUUUAUAGGCGGCGGGCGGCGGCGGCCGGGCGCAGUGCGGGGCCAUGGAGGACGCGGCCGCGGAGCCGCUGGGCGGCGAGCCCGACUAUUACUACGGGGAGGGGAACGAGAGCGGGCCGGGCGCGCAGUGCGAGUGGCCGGCGGACUGGGAGGUGUCCUUCUCGCUGCUGCCCGUGCUCUACAUGCUGGUCUUCGUGCUGGGGCUGUCGGGCAACGGGCUGGUGAUCUUCACCGUGUGGCGGGGCCCGCGGGCCAAGCGCCGCUCCGCGGACACCUACAUCGGCAACCUGGCGCUGGCCGACCUGGCCUUCGUGGUGACCCUGCCGCUGUGGGCCGCCUACACGGCGCUGCGCUUCCACUGGCCCUUCGGCUCGGCGCUGUGCAAACUCAGCAGCUACCUGGUGCUGCUCAACAUGUUCGCCUCCGUCUUCUGCCUGGGCAGCCUCAGCUUCGAGCGCUACCUGGCCAUCGUGCGCCCGCUGCCGCGCUCCCGGCCCGUGCGCCGCCGCGCCGCCGCGCUGCUCCCGCUGGCCGCGCUCUGGCUGCUGGCCGGCCUGCUGGCCCUGCCGGCCCUGCUGCUGCGCGACACGCAGCCCGGCCCGGCCGACAACCUCACCGUCUGCGACAUGGACUUCAGCGGCGUGGCCAGCGCGCAGAGCGAGCGCUACUGGCGGGGCGCGCUCGGCCUGGGCACCACGGCGCUGGGCUUCCUGCUGCCGCUGCUGCUCAUGACCCUCUUCUACUGCUGCAUCGGCGCCACCGUCAGCCGCCACUUCCAGCACCUGCGCAAGGAGCAGGAGAAGCGCCGGCUGCUGCGCAUCAUCGCCACCCUGGUGGUGGUGUUCGCCCUGUGCUGGCUGCCCUUCCACCUGCUCAAGAGCCUCUACGUGCUCAGCGAGCUGGGGCUCCUGGAGCUGCCCUGCGCCUUCCUCGGCCUCAUCGUGCUGCUGCACCCCUACGCCACCUGCCUGGCCUACAUCAACAGCUGCCUCAACCCCUUCCUCUACGCCUUCUUCGACCUGCGCUUCCGCGCGCAGUGCCGCCUGCUGCUGGCCUUGCGCCCGGCGCUGCGCGGCCCGGCCGGCUCCGGCUCCUCCACGCUCAGCGCCCAGACCCAGAAAUCCGAGCUCCACUCCCUGGCCACCAAGGUGUAGCUCGCUCGGCCGGGCGGCGCACGGGGAGCCCGGGCCACACACGGACGCAAUGACGGGCUCGGAGCCCGCGGAGCUCGGCGCGGUUCGGCGGCGCUGGGUCGCUCCUGCUCCGAGGCGGCGGGGUCCGCAGCAGCAGCCCCGGCUCUGGCUUCGGCUGCGCGGUGCGGGCGAGCUGCCUCUGCGCCCGCUCGGUCCCGCACGUGUCCCAGCCCCUGCUCAGGGGGAUCCGGGUUCCCCCGGCCCGAUUAGCGCCCGGGCGGGCUCGGCUCCGCAGGCCGGGAGCCCCCGGAGCUGGGCUGGUCCCUGCGGGCGGCUCCCUCCCUGUAAACCAAUAAAAUAGUUUUUCAGGAA